AAGCUGCAACACAUUUGUAAAAAUAGCCAUAGCAAUACUGACCUGCUAGAGCAUGAAGGCCAGAGGGUGCUCUUGAGUUUUAAGUUAUGCUGCCAAGCUCAUUAAAUAAAUGCUAAUGGAUGCCAAGGAGUGAUACGUCAAAGUCAAUUGGGAAGCUGAUCAAAAGUGAUUUAUUUUCAGUUUUUGUCCAGGAGGUGAACUUGCCAGGGAAAGCAGAUGCUUAGUAUUGAGGAAUUAAACCUUACAUGGUGAUAGUCAUCUGUGUAAUUUAUGGAGGCCCUGGGUCCUUCUGAGCAGUGACUUAAUAGGUGUUUCAAGUGGUGGACUUCUGCUAACUCUAACUUUUUGUUAUUGUAGAUAUCCUGAAAGAGUUGGACGACUACUAUGAAAAAUUCCGACGUGAAUCCGAUGCAGUACAGAAGCGACGCCUUCUGCAGUUCAUACAGAGAGCUCUUAUUCGUAGCCAGGAAUUGGGUGAUGACAAGAUACAAAUAGUUAGCCAGAUGGUGGAACUAGUUGAAAACAGGACACGACAAGUGGACAGUCACGUGGAACUGUUUGAAACAUGUCAGGAUCUAAACGACAGUACAAGUAAUAGCAGCAAGAACACCCAAGAGAAGUCUAAAAGUGAGGCUCUCUCUCAGACUGAGAAAACCAGCAAUAAGAGAUCAAGGAGGCAGAGGAACAAUGAGAAUCGAGAAAAUGCUACCAUUAAUCAUGACCAUGAUGACCUUACAUCAGGAACACCCAAAGAAAAGAAGCCAAAAACAUCAAAGAAGAAAAAGAGAUCGAAAGCUAAAGCUGAAAGAGAAGCAUCACCUGCAGAUCUCCCUAUUGACCCCAAUGAGCCAACCUAUUGCCUGUGUAAUCAAGUUUCAUAUGGUGAAAUGAUUGGGUGUGAUAAUGAAGAAUGCCCAAUAGAAUGGUUUCACUUUUCAUGCGUUGGACUCAACCAUAAACCAAAAGGAAAAUGGUACUGCCCUGAAUGUAGAGGUGAAAAUGAGAAAACCAUGGGUAAAGCACUUGAGAAAUCCAAAAAAGAAAGGGCCUACAACAGGUAGUUGACUAGCAGUUCCCAAGGGAAGGCUAAAGCAUUGUAUUUAUUGCCCAGACACGCCUUGUGAAGGUGAUGAGGGUGGCAAACCUUUUUUUGUAUCCAAGUUUAGGGAUAUUCAUGUUUAUAGUGACAGCAAUAACAUCACUUUAUCCCAUCCCUUUGUCUAAGAACCUACCUAGUGAGCUGGUUUAUUGUUCAUGCCAUGCAUGUCUUCUCAUGUUUGUCGUCUCGGUCCCUUUCUGGAGUAGAUGGGGGCGGAGAACAUAUCAGUUAUGGUGGAUGUCUAAUGCACUUCUAAAACGUUUAAAAGCACUGUGUCCAUCCACUAGUUUUCUCACAGCGCAUUGUCUUGUUUUCGGUUAUGUUUUCACCACUACCUUAUGGCCAGCAAUUAUGCCGGGUUAUUUGAUGGUAACAGCAUAUAUCCCUAGAGAUUUUGACUUUCUUCAAGAGCCACUGCUUUGUAAUUUAUUUCCGUAUACCCCUUGUGAAUUAUAAAUGUGACCCAUGCUCUAUGGAUGCAUUAUUGGUCCAUCAAACAGAAUUUAAGACAAGUAGCUUAUUUUUAAAGUGAUGCAAAAAUUGCAUUUUACACGGCAAAUAUUUUAUACUUAAUUCUGGCCAGGGAACCAGAAGUGGCCAUUUUAAAAAUGAUUAACAAUGUUUUUUUAUUCAACCAAACAGUGGUUUAGUAAUGAUUCACACAGAUCAAGCUUUAUACAGGCACAGGUAUUAGUGAAGCAAUCCUAAUUUGUAUAAAUGUACAUUUUAAGUGGCAUUGCACUUGAUGUAUUAUAAUUGGAAAUGCAGCUGAAUGCCGUUGUAUAGCUAAUGUGCAUUUCCUUCUGUAUGUAUGAAGAUUGUACAGCUGUGAUACUUAAAAUAAAUACACAGAUCUA